GAUAUCGCACAGCGUUGUCACGCAGUUACGCAUUAGGGUACCCGCGCGGAUACGCAGAUGCGCUCGGCCUUACCUCUCCCGCGCGGGCCCGCCCUUGGCGCUAGCCCACCUAAGUCCCUAGUCAAGAUUGUGCUCGUGCGCAACGCCAUCCUUUGCGGCCCCAGCCGAUGUUUCAAGGAGAGCCGCCCCGAGCCAAGCGCGCCAAGUGACAUUGAGCGGCGGCUUGAGGCGAAGUUUGAGGCGCUGCGAGAGGAUUUCCUGGCGCGGGACGCGGCGCUGCGAGAGGAUUUCCUGGCGCGGGACGCGGCGCUGCGAGAGGAUUUCCUGGCGCGGGACGCGGCGCUGCGAGAGGAUUUCCUGGCGCGGGAGGCGGUGCUGCGGGCCGGAAUUGCGCCGCUGCAAGUUCAAUACGCGCGCAACGUUGUGCGUCAGGUGGCGAAGUCCGCUGUGCUGGGCAAGAAGCCUUCUCCGGGCAGCGGGCGGACGUACGUCGACUACGCCAUGAAGGACCCGGCAUCACGAGCUCGCCUGGAGUCGGUGCUGAAGGUGGGCACCGCCGAGGUGAUGGAGCUGCUCGCGGACCUGGCGGGAGUGCGCAACGAGGGCGAGCACCCGCCCGACCUGGAGUCGCUGCGGCGCAUGGUGUCGGAGGCGCGGCGGGUGUGUGGGCCGGCGCCCACGGACCCGCACCUCAUCUUCGCGCGCCGCUUCCUGGACGCGUACGAGGAGAUCGAGAAGAUGUUCCUGCUGCAGUGAGCGUGUGGGCCCAACUCAGCGGCGCCAUCCCCAGCAGAAGCAGUAAGCCGCCGUGCGCACGUGUGCGCUGAUGAGCGGUAACCGUCUCGGCUUAUCUGUACCGGCGGGCCUCCGCCAGACGCACAUGGCCGCCUGUGGCGGGAGGGUGCAGGUGGCGGCCCAUGUCCUCCAUCGAUGUGACUUGGAUUCAGACACAUGGCUGGGUCCGUGCGGGUUCAUGUUUGGCACGACAGCCGCAGUGUGCAAGUCUUGGCCAGCACGCAGCGGCGUCGCUUUGCUGCACAGGCAGGCAGUCGGCGUGUGGCAACAAAUGUUUCUCUGGACUAUGUGCGGGAUGGAGCCCAGGCGCACAGCUAGGGCCUUGCUCCAGGCUUGUGUGCAGGUACUCAGGGCCUGCCGCACGUGGACGCGCCCGGCGAGGCUGAGGCCAUGUGUGCCGCGCUGGUGUCCGCGGGGCUGGGGGACGCGGUGGUGAGCAGUGACGUGGACGCACUGCUGUUCGGGGCGCCGCGCCAGUACCGCGAGUGCAGGAUGCAGUUUGACACCCCCCGCCACACGGUGGUGGAGCGGGUGGACCCGGUGGCGGCCGCCCGGUCCGCGUUCGGACUCACACAGCCGGGCGGAGGCUGCGCACUGGCACUGCAGGUGCGGGAGGGGAGGGGAGGGGAGGUGGGGGCGGGGAAAGGCGAGAGCUGGGGUAGGGGGGUCGGGGCGAGGGCGGGUGUUGGCAGGCUAGCGUAGCUUGCUGUGUGGGCACAUGCUUGCGGCGCCUGCAAUGAACCCGCUACACAACCU